AGUCGCUCUCUGCCUCUCCUAUAUCUAUCAUGACUGUCGCCUCACCACCAGCUUCCUUCAGUUGCCGUUGCCUUGCGCCAUACCGAUUCAUGUUCGCCGCCGCCUAGCCUGUCCCGCCCUGUCCCGCCUGUUUCCGCCCCGCCCGCCAGCUCGAUGGACGCCCAGCCUCCGCCUCCCUCCGCGCCCUCUGCGACCUUCCAUACCAAUGGGCACUCGCACCGCGAACACGCGUCUAUCCCGGACAUUGAGCGCGACGCUCAGCUGAACCUCCCUCAUCCACCCAGAGCACAUCUGGAUCCGGAGAAGGCGAGCUACUUGAACCCUCGCCAGGAACCCCACCCCAACGUCACCCAUGUUGUAUAUGGCGCGGACGAGUAUCCCGACAAAGGCCCCAACGAAAGGCCCCUUCAGUUGCUGCUAUUCCUGUCCGGACCCUGCGUCGUACUAUCAAUUCUCGUCACCCUUUGGACGCUUCUCUCGCUCCUCACCGCCUUCGUGCUUCACCCGUUGCGCCUGUGUAGCACCGCUCGACCCUCACUAACCGCACGGCUCACAAGUUUCCUCGCACCGCCAUUGAACCUUCAGCUCCACCUCAUAUACUCCUUGUCAUACUCAACCGAGUACACGCUUCCCAUGCUCAUCCUUGUGCUCCUCUUCUCGCCCAUCGUAGCCAUUGGCGUCGCAGUUGGCGCCUGGACGGCCGCUUGUUUCUGGUUCUUCUCGGCCAUAUUGGGAGAUCCUGCGGGACAGGAUCAGGGCCACAAUGACGGCAAGGACACUCUGCUCGGAGUACGGAACUGGUGGGACAGGUGGUUAUCCAGGGGUCUGAAGCAUACAUGACGAUGGAACAAAGGCUGGGCCUCCUCUCUUUGACGAAUCAUGGAGUUCCUCUGCAUAUACCUGUGUGGUUUUCC